CGCGCACGCGGGACGCUUUUCCGUGCGCGGAUCCGCCGGGGCAGCAUACUCACAAAUCUUCUUGGGGCGCAUGGGCUGGGCCUUGAAGGCAAAGGGCUGCGGAUCCCGGUGCGGCCGGUCGAUAAUUGAUCCAAAAAAAAAACGUGUCGUCGUCGGCAGCAGAAUUCCGGCGGCACGGCGCUGCAAAGCCCAAUUCCCUAGCUGCUCGCAGGAGAGAGGCUCGAAAAUCUCCGAUACCUCCGAGUCUCCGCGGCGGAGACCGCUCUCAUGUCGUUGCUCCGGCGCACCAGCGAAGCUCGCACGAGCUGAUUUUGGGGUACCCACGUCGGUUGGUACGAAGUUGGGGCUGCCCAACUCCCGGCGCUCGCGGGCUGCCCAACUCCCGGCGCUCGCGGGCAGCCCGGCGGCCGCGAAUGCGGCGUUGCGUGGGCCUCGCGUGCGCCGCGGCCGUCGCGAGCGCGGGCGAGUACGCGUGUUGGCCGGACUGCGACGCGCGCGUGGCCGACGCGCCGCGCGAGGCGGCCGCGUACGAUUCGUGGACGGCGCCGGGCGGCAUCGAGGUGCUGUACGCGCCGGAUCAGGACGGCGGCGGCACUUCCUUCGGCCGCGAGCUCGUCGACUACGCGCUCCGGGCGUUCGGGCCCUUCCACGAGUCGCCGCGCCGCGCGCGGCGGUGCUUUGAGUUCUGCGCGGGCCCCGGCUUCGUGGGCUUCUCGCUGCUCGGGCGCGGCGUGUGCUCGAGCCUGGUGCUAGCGGACGUGCACCCGGCGAGCGUCGCGGCUGCGCGGGCUACCGUGGCCCGCAACCGCCUCGGGGCGCUCGUCGCGGUCUACGAGUCGGACGCGCUGGACGACAUCCCGGCGAACGAGUCAGGCACGUGGGAUCUCGUCGUGUCGAACCCGCCGCAUUUCCGGAGUGUCGCGGCGUGGAACGCCAUGCUCCGGCGGCGCGCACCGGGCGCGGCAGAGGGCGCCAGCGACCCGCGGCACUUCCGGGGCGUCGAUAGCAACUGGCGCCUGCACGAGCGCUUCUACGGGACCGUCGGCGCGUUCCUCCGGCGCGGCACGGGCCACGUGGUGUUCCAGGAGAACGCGGACGGGUCGACGCCCGGGGAAUUUUGGGGCAUGCUGCCGCCGCUGCGCGUCGAGCGCGUCGAGCCGCCGGACGCGACCGGCAUGUGGUACCUCCACGCGACGAACGACGCCGCGGGCUGGACGCGGCGCCGGCCGCCGGCCGUGCCGCGCGGCGCCCGGGACGGCUGGUGGCGCGACGCGGCGCAGAUCGCCCUCGAGCGUGCGAUUCGCGACGUCGCGGACCAGGGCUACGCCGUCGUCGCGGACGCGGGCGCGGCGAACGCCACACACCUCGGCGCGCUGCGCGACGCGCUCGUCGCGCGGCUUGCCGACGCGGCACCCUGCGCCACGCCCUUCGGCAACCCGGAAGUGGGCUGCAACGUGUCCAUGGAGUCCGGCGUCGGCGACGCGCACGUGUCGUACCGGCUCUGGGGCCUGCUGGAGGACGAUGCGCUCGCGGCGCUCGUCGCGCCGCUCCUCCGGCUCCCGCUCGUCCGGGCCCUCGCGCAAUCGCGCCUCGGUGCCGACUACCAGCUCCACGGCUGUACCGCCUAUGUCGCCACGCCGAGCGCGCGGCCAAACGUGCUCCACUUCGACUUCGCGGACCAGGACCCGGCGUGGCGCCGAGCGGCCGCCGCGGGCAGCGACGGCGGCACGGGCGACCACCUUGCGGUCAUGCUCCAGCUGCAGGACACGACGGCGGAGAACGGCGCGACGCUCGUCGUGCCCGGUUCGCACCGCUGGGCCGCGCGGGACCCACCCUUCCUGCCACCGGGCCAGAACCGAGACGUCGCGGCGCUGCGUGCGCUCCCUGGCGCGCCGCCGAUCGCGGAGCCCCUUCCCGUCGCCGUGCCCCGAGGCGGGCUCCUUCUCUUCGACGGCGCGACGCUCCACGCGACGGGGGCGUUCCCGGGCGCCGCUGCGGACAUCGGCGACUACCGCUACGCUCUCGUCCUCCACCUCGCCGCCCAGCGUGCGACGAAGCACCGGCUCGCGACGCCCAUCGGCCGCGCGUACCUCCGGGGCCACGCGCGCCUCGACCUCGAGGUCAGCGUCGACGGCGCGACGGACGUCAUCGCCUUCCACGAGGACGACGACCUGGAGGCCAUCGCCGCCGCCUUCGUCGACUCCUACGACGGCGCCGCGAGCCUCCAACCCCGCGCCGCCGCCGUCGACGCCGUGCUCGAGGCCAUGACCAACAAGGUGGCCACGGCAGCGGGGCGGGGGGGGGGCAAGAUCUGAAACGCCACGAUGAUGUCCAGCGCUCGCGAGCCUGAGCAGGCGGUCUUGUAUGUGUUGCCACGGCAACGAUAACUUGAACUUGAACUUGAAA